GGGUUAAUGCUAUUUUAUGUAUUCUGACUUAUUAACAAAGUUUAAGAGAUAUACUCCUCAUGAUAAACAAAUGCAAAGUGUCAAAAAAGCAGUUAAGCAUGUGACAGAGUAUUUCUGGGCAAAAAAACUCAUGCCUUCUUUUUCCUACAAGUUUCGGAAAGUUUUUUUCAAACAUGGGUACCCGUUAUGUGUCAGUGACCCCAUAUUCCUUUUAUGGGCAAUUCCCCCGGAAAACCACGCCCACGUCAAUCAGAGUGAGGACGCUCAUUAUCAUUACAGUAUGAUAGGGAAAAGUCACAGGCAUCACUUCACACAACAGCUUUGUUUUAUAGCAAGACUCAACAAUGGCACAAAAGAAGAAGUGUGUUUUGGGAUGUAAGGAGAAGAAAGCCUUGUUCAGCUUUCCAAUUGAGUCAGCAUUAUGGUAACAAUGGAUAUAGUUUGUUUAUCCGGGGUAGUAUGUGUGUUUGUUUAACGCUGAAUUUCACUGAAAAUCCUCAGAAUCGACACCAACGAAUAACACGAGCAACUUCCUGUUGCGCUCACAUGACACUAAGCAUUUUCUGGCACAUAAUGUGACGUUUCAGAACCUAAAACCCUGUUUCUCCCAGUUGACACGGGAACACAUAACCAGUGUUAUCAGAAAUCUCCACUUUGGCCAGAAGUUUUAGAAAUAAUAAUUUUCUGUGAUAAAAACAGGGUUUUGGUGUAAAUAAAAAGGCCAAACCGCAGGAAAAUAUUUGCGUCUUUCCUUCGUGUAAACGGGGCAACAGGUGGUAAGUAAAACUGCAUCAAAUGUCUGUGUUUUGUUAAGUGCAUAUAAUGUAAACGACAUGAACAUGUAGUGAAUCAUAAGUUAUCCAGAGAUAGUGAGAUAAUAUUUUGUGUGUGUUGCUCGUGACUCACUCUUCCUGCUGGAUGCCUCUGGGAUUUUGUGCUUUUCCGGAAACAUUCCCUAGAGCUGAUCUGUCUUUUAUAAAUCUGAUAAAACUAAAGACUCUUCAGAGAUAUGAAAGAUGUAAUACUACUUUAUAGGUACUCAAGAUUAACACGAGAUGAGCAGAAACAGUGUGUGUUAUUGGAGCUUUAAUGGUCAUCUGUUGGUUUUCCUCUCUUCUGGUCACAGCUCAUCAGCUCAUAGUUAUCUGUGGAGACUGCACAUUUUUCUUGGCUUUGCAUGUCUUUGCUUAAAGAAGAUUUUGAAUAAGAGAUCUAAGCUGGACAGCAUCAGCAUGACUCCAUCCAUGACUUCAGGUUAUCUGAUCAGGACGGUGGUUUGCAUACAAGGUUGUACAACAACCUUUUUACAACAAAUAAAACACAAUACGGCAGAGAUCUUUACAGCGAGAAGAUUAAGAAGACUGCUCUUCACUUUUCUCCAAUAUUUCAAGUAAUUUGUCUUGACAGGUACAGAUAAUAUAUACUCAGUGUAAAAAACAAACAGAAUAGUGAAUUUGUUAUGUAAAGUUGUGUAUUUAGGCUUGAGGAAGUGUAAUAAAAACAUCUCAUCUCAUGAUGAUCUUAGUUUAAGUCUGUCUCUUUCUUUCAUGUAGCUCAAUACAUCUGACAAAAAUACAUCUAAUCUUCAUUUGAAAAAUUAGCCAAAGUGAUCUGAUUUCAUUUGGAACAGAGAUGAAAGGUCUGCUUCAGAUAUUACUUCUGACUGGAGUUGUGUUAUAUUCCCAAUGUGAUCAGUAUAUUCUGAUCCAGGAGGUUAAAACCUGGCAUGAAGCUGAUGUGUUUUGUAGAGUGGACAAGUAUCUUUUGGGUACGGUUCACAAUGAAACAGACUGGAAGGACUUCAGAGAAGAGAUGUCCGCCAGUAACUUCAAUUUUAACGUCUGGAUGGGUUUGUACGUUGACGUCAAUAGCUGGCGAUGGUCUUUUCAAAACGAGAACAUAACAUGGAGCAAGUGGAACCUCAGAGAACCCAAUAAUUUUGGUGGCCAUGAGGAGUGUGGUGCAUUUCAGAAAAGCAGUAGUGGAGGAUCUUGGAACGAUGCUCCUUGUUUUAUACCUAUGCCUUGUGUUUGCUUUGAUGGUGAGAAAAGACAUUAA